AUGGGAAUCGUCCAAUGGCGCGACUCGUGCGGAGAUCGACCAUAUACUCACCAACCGGAGGUGGUGAGUAUAUGGUCGAUCUCCGCACGCGGUCUACUUGACGUCUCAGUAGUACCAUCCUUUUGUAGUGGUUCUGAUCACCGUCUCCUUCGUGCGAAAAUACGACUUAGCCACACGAUGGAAAAGAACAUCUGCCAUCAACGAAGGAGAAAAGAAGUCGUCUACGACGAUUGCGUACUCGAGGACUCCUUGCCCCAAGGUGACUGGAACAUCGAGGAGGAUCCAAACGUGGACUACGAGGUGCUGCUCAGAGGAUUACGAACCUGUGCUGAGCGUGCCUCGAAGCCGCGCACGACAAGCUUGGAGCGAAUUUCGAUGAGCACCAAGGAUUUGUUGGAAAGAAGAAGGCCAUUGAGGCUUGAUCCGAAUGCAUCGCACAUUGAGCGAUUAGUAGGAAACACUAACUGCAGAAAAGCGUUGCAGGAGGAUCUUUUGAAAUAUAGACAGAAGAAGAUUCUGGAAGCAGCAUAA